UGACCGGCUUCUCCCUGUUGGCAAAGGUGCCUCGGAAUCCGCGUCGCUGAGUCAGCCAGCCUUUCAGCUCCGCCUGCCAGCCAUCUGCCUCGACUGCUCAGAUGGGGACUCAAACCCUGCACUCCUGCUGAGGAACUGUGCAGCCCUGGAAGGAAAGUGUGAAGGCACAUCCGCUUCCCAGAGCUUCCGCUGGCCGGCUCUUCGUGGUUUCCAGAUUUUUGCUGUUGUCAGCACGCUGCUCUGAGGUCUUCUGCUGCACGUGUGCAGGAAGCAGUUUUCUGGCGGUUGAUUCUUUGCUGGUUCACAGUGGAAGUCUGCGGUAAACGCCGGGCGAUGAUCUUGAGACUCCGGCCCAGAGCAGUCUGAGCGUCCUGGGGAAGAUGGCCAUGGCCCCAAGACCUUCCCUGCCUCAGGUGUACUCCAGCCCCGUGGCCGUGGCCGUGUGGGAAUGGCAGGACGGGCUGGGCACCUGGCACCCCUACAGCGCUGCCGUCUGUAGCUACAUCGAGCAGCAGUUUGCCCAGCAGAAGGGCCAGCGGUUCGGUCUGGGGAGCCUGGCCCACAGCAUCCCCCUGGGCCAGGCUGACCCCUCGCUGGCCCCCUACAUCAUCGACCUCCCCAACUGGACCCAGUUCCGCCAGGACACAGGCACCAUGCGGGCUGUGCGCAGGCACCUGUUUCCCCAGCACUCGGCACCGGGCCAGGGCAUCGUCUGGGAGUGGCUGAGCGACGACGGCUCCUGGACGGCCUACGAAGCCAGCAUCUGCGAGUACCUGGAGCAACAGGCGGCCCGCGGCAGCCAGCUGGUAGACCUGGGCCCCCUGGGCUACAACUACACCGUUAACUACGCCACCCACACGCAAACCAACAAGACUUCCAGCUUCUGCCGCAGCGUGCGGCGCCAGGCGGGUCCCCCGUACCCUGUGACCAGCGUCAUCUUCCCGCCGGGCCAAGCCUGCUCCUGCCACCAGUGCCUCAGCAACAGCGGGACGGGGCCCGUGAUGGGCCGCUACCGCCACUCCAUGACCAGCCUCCCCGCCUACCCCGCCCCCCAGGCCCCGCACAGGACCACCAUUGUCUUUGGGGCACACCAGGCCUUCGCUCCCUACAGUAAGCCCUCGCUCUCCGGGGCACGGUCAGCACCCCGGCUGAACACCACCAACCCCUGGGCUGGGUCGCCGGCUACCCUAGGGGCCCAGCCCCUCUACCGAUCCAGCCUCUCCCACCUGGGACCACAGCAGCUGCCCCCAGGACCGCCCACUGCCAGUGCGGCCAGUGCCUCCUUCCCAAGCGGUCCCUUGAGCAGCUCUGGGAACGUGCCCACCACCGUGCCCGUGCAGAUGUCCAAGCCCAGCCGGGUCCAGCAAGCCCUCGCAGGCAUGACGAGUAUUCUGAUGUCAGCCAUUGGACUCCCUGUGUGUCUUAGCCGCGCACCCCAGCCCGCCAGCCCUCCCGCCUCCUGUCUGGCCACUAAAAGUCACAGCUCAGUUAAGAGAUUGAGGAAAAUGUCCGUGAAAGGAGGGAUGCCAAAGCCAGAGCCAGAGCAGGUGAUAAGAAAGUACACGGAAGAGCUGCAGACGGCGCCGGAUGAGGACUGCAUCAUCUGCAUGGAGAAGCUUUGCGUGGCGUCCGGGUACAGUGACGUGACUGACAGCAAGGCCAUCGGGCCGGUGGCCGUGGGUCGUCUCACCAAGUGCAGCCAUGCCUUUCACCUGCUCUGCCUGCUGGCCAUGUACUCCAACGGGAACAAGGACGGAAGCCUGCAGUGUCCUUCCUGUAAGACCAUCUACGGCGAGAAGACGGGGACUCAGCCCCGGGGAAAGAUGGAGGUGUUCCAGUUCCAGGUGUCCCUCCCUGGCCACGAGGACUGUGGGACGAUUCUCAUCGUCUACAAUAUCCCUCAAGGCAUUCAGGGCCCAGAACACCCCAACCCCGGCAAGCCAUUCACCGCCAGAGGGUUCCCCCGCCAGUGCUACCUUCCGGACAACGCCCAGGGCCGCAAGGUCCUGGAGCUGCUGAAGGUGGCCUGGAAGAGGCGUCUUAUCUUCACGGUGGGCACGUCCAGCACCACGGGCGAGACAGACACGGUGGUGUGGAACGAAAUCCACCACAAGACGGAGAUGGACCGCAACCUGACGGGCCAUGGCUACCCCGACCCCAACUAUCUGCACAACGUGCUGGCCGAGCUAGCCGCCCAGGGCGUGACGGAGGACUGCCUAGAGCGGCAGUGAGCUCUGCGCCCAUGCCUUUCCCCAGAGGCUGGAAUGUUCCGGGAUGUUCACGGGGCCGCUGGGCAGCCCCAGUGGGAGUCGGGGCGCCCGCCUCCUUCCUCCUCCCCUCCAGGUAGAGAUCUGUGUGGGGUUCAGACCAGCCUGGGAGUUGUGCUUGCAGGAGUCAAGAUGCAGCUACCUCAGUGCUGGGAGCCCCCACAGGCCCACUGUGCCAGGGCCUGGUGUGGGGUGAGGAGACACUGCCCCUUGCCGCCCAGGCAACAGGUGUGGGGUGGGAUCAGCUUCUCAUACCUCAGAUGUUCUGUUUGCAAUAAAUACCCUGUAGCCAAAGCCA